AUGAGCUCCUCUACCUCGGCCGCCCUCUUCUCCAUGACGGUCAUGCUGUCUCCCGUGUCUCCGGGACCAGAAGACAUCAAGGAGAAGACCCAUCACCUCAAAAAUGGGUUCCAGAACCCCUGGGACUCAUGGAGAACCCCGUCAUUCGGAGACAUAACCCGCUUCUGGAGACAACUUAUAACCGGGAAAAUCAAGUUCCCAGACACGACACCCCCGACAGUGAUUGUUCAGAAACCCACCUUCCUGCCAACGCGAGAAACACCCAAUCUCCGGGCGACAUGGCUCGGUCAUGCUUGUUACUACGUCGAAUUCCCCAGUGGUCUACGGGUUCUCUUCGACCCUGUAUUUGAGGACCGUUGCUCCCCGUUAUCCUUUAUGGGCCCAAAGCGCUACACCGACGUGCCUUGCCAGAUCGAUGAGAUCCCGACCAUUGAUGCUGUGGUGAUCUCUCACAACCAUUAUGACCAUCUCUCGCACCCGACUGUGACCGAAAUCUCCAAACGCCAUCCAAAUUGCCAUUUCUUUGCGCCGCUCGGUAACAAGGACUGGUUCACGAGCAUUGGCAUCAAGAACGUGACCGAAUUGGAUUGGUGGGAUGAACGCGACCUUGUCCUUUCACCGUCGCAAGGAUCAGGACCUGAGGUCGAGGGCGCCGGGGAAGGCGCUGGUUCCGGGCCGUCAGAUAUUACAGCACGAAUUGGCUGCUUGCCUUCGCAACACACGAGUAACAGAGGCAUCUUUGAUCGGUCGAAAACCCUGUGGGCUUCUUGGUACAUCGAGUCUGGUGGGAAGAAACUAUAUUUUGGAGGAGAUUCGGGAUACAGGACGGUGCCGGAACUCCCAGCUGAUACCGACGAUUGGGCUCCGGAGUAUAACUUCCCCACAUGCCCUGCCUUCAAAGAGAUUGGAAAGUACCGGGGACCCUUCGAUCUCGGGCUCAUCCCGAUUGGGGCCUAUCAGCCGAGAUGGUUCAUGAGCACCAUGCACGCCGACCCUCAUGACGCAGUGCGGAUAUUUGAAGACACGAAGUGCAAAAAGGCCAUGGGCAUCCAUUGGGGCACUUGGGUGUUGACCAAUGAAGAGGUUCUGGAGCCGCCAAAAAAGCUGAAGGAGGCUCUGAGCAGACAUGGGAUUCCUGAGGUGGGAGUGUUUGACGUCUGCCAGAUUGGCGAAAGUCGGGAGUUUGAGUGA